AUGCAGCACAUCAGCCUCCAAAACCUUUCCAUAUGUUUCCAGCUCCUAAUGCUUUCCUGUCAAACCCAGGGGGAGAAUCAACCGUCUCCUAAUUUUAACCAGUACGUGAGGGACCAGGGCGCCAUGACAGACCAGCUGAGUCGGAGGCAGAUCAGGGAGUACCAGCUGUACAGCCGGACCAGCGGCAAGCAUGUCCAAGUGAACGGCAAAAGGAUCACGGCCACCGCAGAGGACGGCAACAAGUUUGCAAAGCUGAUUGUGGAGACGGACACUUUCGGGAGCCGCGUGCGCAUCAAGGGAGCCGAGAGUGAGAAGUACAUCUGCAUGAGCAAGAGAGGGAAGCUCAUUGGAAAGCCCAACGGCAAGAGCAAAGACUGCAUCUUCACCGAGAUUGUGCUGGAGAACAACUACACGGCCUUCCAGAACGCGCGCCACGAGGGCUGGUACAUGGCCUUCACGCGCAAGGGCCGCCCCCGCAAGGCCUCCAAGAGCCGGCAGAACCAGCGGGAAGCGCACUUCAUCAAACGCCUGUACCGCGGCCAGCUGCCCUUCCCCAACAACGCCGAGCGGCAGAAGCAGUUUGAGUUUGUGGGCUCCUCAUCGCCGACCCGCAGGACCAAGCGCACCCGCCCCCCGCGGCCUCUCACGUAGUGCCACACGCUUCCCCACCCCGCAGGGGACACAUGGGAUGCCCCCCCUGCUCUGUGUGCCCCCCAGCCACCUGUGCAGCUGCUCCAUACCGGGCAUCAUCAGACAACACUGCCUGCUGUGUGCCCGCCCCCGUGCCCACUGCCCCCGGUGGCACAUAGGACUCCGCCUCUCCCACCCCGUGCCUCCCAGGCCCGUGUCGUCAUCCCCCGU